AUGGCGACAUUACGGAUCGCUGGUGCUAACCUACGACGGCUUGCAUUAUCAGGCCCAUUGAAACCGUUGACUCCAACUUCACUCCCACGAUUCGCGGCCCCAAUUAUCGCUUCCCGUAGUAUUACUACGACCCCAACUAAACGCCAAACUCCAACACCAUCUUCAGCCUCAGCUGAUCAAAAGGCCUCAUCUACGACACGUCUUACAGAGAUAAAAGAUGGCCCUAUUGCAUCUCCAGAGAUAGACCUUGGGGAGGAGCUAGCAACGGAUUGGUCACGUUCGUUCUCAGGAUUAUCACAGGAACCAUUCGCAAAGGAGGUUGCAGACGUUCUAUUGCAACCUCUUGACCCUGUUGAGGUUGAGAUUAAGCCAGAUGGCAUCAUUUACCUACCUGAAAUUAAAUACCGGCGAAUACUGAAUCGUGCAUUUGGCCCUGGAGGAUGGGGUCUUGCUCCUCGAGGUGAAACACAAAUCUCUGAGAAACCAAAUGGAGGAGGAAUGGUGACUCGCGAGUACGCUUUAGUAUGUCAUGGAAGGCUCGUUUCGGUUGCCCGUGGCGAGCAGGAUUACUUUGAUGAGUUUGGCAUUCCAACGGCGAUGGAAGCCUGCAAGUCCAAUGCUAUGAUGAGGUGCUGUAAGGACUUGGGUGUUGCAAGCGAGCUUUGGGACCCAAGAUUCAUCAAAAAGUGGAAGAAGGAGAAUGCUAGCGAAAUGUUCGGUGAACAUGUUAUCACGAAGAAAAAGAAGAAAUUAUGGGUUAGGAAAGGCGAAUCAUUGGAGUAUCCGUACCAGGUGUCGAAAUUUGGGUCCUGA